AUGGCAAUAGCUUCCGCCAUGAUCGGGGAGAAGACAUAUUUUUCCGCCGAGCUUUCUCUGUCGAUCUCAGUUACGGUGCUGUCGAAGAAAAUCCAUCCCGAUCCCGCCAUUGUGGAAUUUGCAUGCCAAGCUCCAUCCGUGAAGCAAAUAACUCUUCUUGUGCUUGGGUGUUGUGUUGUUCAUGGUUUUGUUGUGGGUGUUGAUCUCGUCUUUAAUUGCGCUUGUUGCCAUUCUGGGCUGCCACAAUUGCUUUCAGGAUUGUCUCUUCCGGUGGGAAGGAGUGGUUUUCGAACAAGAGGUGGUUUCAUGCUGUCCAGAUUGUCCAGCAGAUCCACGGGAAAAGAGGACCGACUCCAAUUCCGGUCGGUGGGAGACAUUUCAUCUGUUUUGAUGAAAACUAACCCUUUUUAA